AUGGUCGAAAUGUUUCAUCGAAGAUGCGGGGAUCGUGUAUAUUUAAUAAAUAAUAAUUGUACCGCCGUGAGAAAUUUCUCUGAGUACAAUUAUGGACUUGUUCUUAGUGCUGAGCCACUUAAAGAUGAUGAAUUAUUUGAAGUGCGCAUCGAUAAAAAGUUGAUAUCAUGGAGUGGAAGUAUAGAAAUUGGUGCAACAUCGUGCGAUCCAGAAACUACGGAAUUACCAGCCUGUGCGACAAACCUCCGCCAUGGCACUUGGAUUAUGACCAGCUCAGGUAUAGUGUACGAUGGUGAACCUGUUGUUGAGCUUUAUGGUACCGAUCCUGAUACUCUUGAAGAAGGACAUACUCUUGGUGUUAUGCGGACUUCUAAUGAUGAACUCGUGUUCUAUGUCAAUGGAAUUUCGCAAGGAGUAGCCGCUACCAAUAUUCCUUCACGAGUAUUUGCGGUUAUUAAUAUGUACGGUAACUGUGUACAAGUAACCAUAACUCGUCCACAACUUGGCCUUGUUCCAGUUGAGCCAAAAGACGUAUCUGAAAUAAAUAACGAUUAUGCCCUUGGUGAAGCAUCCAAUUCAACGACAACAAAUAUAGUUGCUAAUUUGAAUGUUAAUUUGAAUGUCAAUGUGAAUGUUAAUCUCCCUAAAAAUCCAAGUCUUGCAGCUAUACGUGAGGAUCGUUUGCGAUUUCAUGAAAGAGGGGGAUCACUAGUUAAAUUAUCUAAUAAUGGAAGAACGGCAGAAAGGAGGCGGCCUCUUGCUGAAUUUAACAAUGGAGUAGUAAUGACUCACAGACCUCUCCGAGAUAAUGAGUUAUUUGAGAUCAGAAUUGAUCGUCUAGUUGACAAGUGGUCCGGUAGCAUUGAAGUUGGAGUUACAACUCAUAGUCCAACCGCAUUGGAAUUUCCAGCUACAAUGACAAAUAUGAGAUCUGGUACAACUAUGAUGUCUGGUUGUGGAAUUUUAACUAAUGGCAAGGGUAUACAGCGAGAAUAUGGGGAAUUUAAUUUGGAUGAAUUACGGGAAGGAGAUAGAGUAGGCAUGAUAAGAAAAAGUAAUGGAAACCUUCACUAUUUAAUAAAUGGCCUUGACCAAGGAGUUGCUGCUAAAGUUCCAGCAAGCAUAUGGGGAGUUAUAGACCUUUAUGGAAUGACUGUAAAAGUGACUAUUGUUGAUCGAGAUGAAAGGGAAGAACAGAAUCUAGUUACAAGAAGAAAUACCUUACAACUGCAGGGAUUGAAUGAAACUGGAGAAGAAGAACCGUUGGAUAGACUAAUGUUUCACAUAUGUUGUGGAACACAUGCCGAUGUCAUUAAUAACGGACGAACUGCGCACAGACCAAAUGCAUUAGUUGAUUUUAACAAUGGUGUAGUACUAACAUCCCGUCCAUUAAGGCCAAAUGAAUUAUUCGAAGUGAGACUAGAUAAAACAGUCGCUAAGUGGUCUGGAUCUAUUGAAAUAGGAGUUACUACUCAUUCUCCAACAGAAUUAGAAUUUCCUUUUACAAUGACCAAUGUUCGGUCUGGUACAUGGAUGAUGACGGGCAAUGGAGUUAUGCACAAUGGAACAACUAUAAUAGACCAGUAUGGUCAAAAUCUUGAUCGUUUGCAGGUUGGAGAUCGUGUCGGAGUAAUGAGAAAAGAUAACGCGACAUUACAUUUUUACGUAAACGGCACAGAUCAAGGUGCAGCGGCAAUGGGUGUACCUGAAAGAGUCUAUGGCGUCAUCGAUUUAUACGGUCAAGCAGUGCAAGCAACGAUUGUUGAUAACACUGAUUCCUACAGUCCAACCACAAACAACUCUAGCUUCAGUAAUACUACAUUGUACAGUGACCUUCGUUUUCACCAUGUUCAUGGAAAAAAUGCAAGAAUCACAAACAAUGGAUUAACAGCUUCCAGACCUAGAGCUUUGGGGGAAUUCAAUGAAGCAAUUGUAAUAGCUAAUAGAGCUUUACGUGAUGGAGAAAUGUUUGAAGUGUCCAUUGACAAAUUGGUUAAUCGAUGGUCUGGUGCUAUUGAAGCAGGAGUUACAGCUAUCAGACCCGACGAGUUGAAAUUUCCUUCCACUAUGACUGACAUCGAUCAUGACACUUGGAUGCUCUCUGGGUCAACGGUGAUGCGAGAUGGCCUUAUACUCCGAAAUAAUUAUGCAUGUGAUCUAGAUAAAUUAGUUGAGGGUAAUCGAAUAGGAAUAAUGAAACAUCCAGACACAUCUUUACAUUAUUAUUUGGAUGGAAUUGAUCAAGGUGCUGCUUGUACUGGAUUACCAGCGCAUGUUUAUCCAGUUAUUGAUUUAUAUGGGCAAUGUGCACAGGUCACUAUCGUACUACCGGAGAGAAGGGAUACAAUGACACAACAAUAUCUCCCUUCGGAGAAUAGUACAAGUCAACAACCUACGUCUGUGAUACAGCCACAAGCACAAUCAGAAAUAACUCAUAAAUUCCAUGAAUCUGUAGGCUUGAAUAUUCAAUUGAAUAGUGAGAGAGUUGUUGCUACUCGAUGCAGGGAAUAUAACAAUGCUAUUCUACUAAGCGAGGCUCCUCUAGAUAACAACGAAUUAUUUGAAAUAACUAUUCAAGAAGUUGCACAUGAAUGGAGUGGGUCAUUAAGGAUUGGUGUUCUAAGCAAUGAGAGCGGUAGUUGGUUGACUUCUAUGAAUCUUGUUCCAGGCAUGACAUCAAUUCCUGCUGAUUCUUGGUAUUUAAUUGGACAUGAAGUGAGACAUAAGAACUACGUUCUUUGUUUAAACUAUUGCCCUAGUUUGGAAUGGUUGCGUGUUGGCGAUAAGAUUGGAUUGAAACGAACUCAUGAAGGCAAUUUAAAAUUUUACGUCAAUGGAGAAGACAUGGGAGUAGCUGCAGUAAAUGUUCCUGAGUCAGUGUAUGCUGUCAUUGAACUUUUCGGUAGUACUUUGGCAGUCAGCGUAACCAGCACCAAACAACAGAAUGCUGUUAUAUCGCCAAAUGCUAGCCUUAGGCUUCAAGAUUCUUUAGAAUUGCUCCUGGAUCCAAUGCCCCCAACAAUAAGAAACGACGUCGGUAUGGAUACAUCAGUUGAAGUGUCCGAAGCGAAAUUAUUCAAUGAAAUGGUGCUCACUCCAACGCAGCCCAUUGUUACGUCAACUGGAGACGUAGAUUGGAAUUAUGAGUUUUAUGAAAAUCAUGGCAGAAAUGUGGAGCUCGAAAGAAAAACAGUCGCAAGAAGAGUAGCUAGCUAUAAUCAAGGCGUUGUAAUGACCAGUCGCCCUUUAAUUAAGGGGAAGAUGUUCCAAGUAAGAAUUGACAAAGUUAACGAUCGGUGGGUAUCUGGAAUGCUAUGCGGUGUUUCUUGCGUUUCACCGGAAAAGGCUAGUUUUCCUUUAACAGCUCUCGGAUUUAAAAAGCACUCAUGGAUCAUAUGUAGCGACUGGGUGUCUCAUAAUGGAAUUAAAGUUAAAACGAAAUACGGGACAAAUCUGGAAAGUCUUCAGAGUGGUUCCACAGUGGGAUUAUUGAUUGACGAGGACUCCACAUUACAUUUGUAUAUUAACGGAGUAGAUCAAGGGAUAGCGGCCACGGAUUUGCCUCCUUAUGUCUAUGGAGUAAUCGAUCUGUAUGGGCAAUGCGAACAAGUGUCAAUUGUCUCGUUGACAUCAGAGCCUGUAUAUUCGAGCAACGAUACCAACAAUAUGGCAAUUGUAGCCACUCACGAGUGCGCUGAGACAGAAGCAGACGAUGCAGACAAUUCUAGGGAAAAGGCUGAUUUAGAGUGCCACGAAAAGGAAAGCGCAGUUCCUAUGACUCCUUCUAAUCUCUCUUUAAAUAUACAAAGCCAAAGUGACUUGAACGACGAGCCAACUAGCGAUAACGUAGAAAGUCCACAUCCUCACUCAUCGCACAGCAAUAAUAAUUCGAAUCUCAACGCUAUCAGCGUUGUACAAGCGAAAGCAAUGUCGAGCAGCGUACACUCGGACAGCAAUAAUUCGGAUACAAGCUCCGAGAUGGGCAACGAUGCCAAAAGCACCGCAAAUGUCAAAGCAAAGAAUUACGCCGAUAAUGCAAGUAACUUGCUGGACAACAGCGCUACCUCGCAAAAUCAGGCUGAGAAUAACAGCGAGGACAACAACCCAGCAGUACACAACACUGCGAUAUCAGUACAUAAUGGUUCUAGCAACGUGUUGAACUUUAAGGGGGAAUGUACCAACGUAGAAAUAAACAAUGCAACGAAUAUAAGUAUUAAGAACGGCUCAGCAUCUAGCAGCAGUAACAUGGCGAAUCUCAACACAGCGAUUAAUUCCACAAACGCUAAUAAUGCAAUAAAUGAAAGUAUUGCAUCCAAUGGUCAGGUCAAUAAUAUGAGCUCUAUCUUGCAGAAUAACAUAUUGACCACUUCUCAAAAUAAUUCCGCAGCGACGCAAAAUAAUUCUGUAGCUUCUCAGAAUAAUGUCGCCCCUACUCAGAAUGCUUUACAAGGCGGGCUGCACAAUAUUUCAACCUCAUUGACUACUUCCUCGAGCAGCCCUCAGGAAUCGCAAGCGAAUUUGGCAAGGCACGCUCAGGUGCCAAAUAACUGUCUAACAAAUGUGGUAACUAGUAGUCAAAACAAUCAUAGUCACAGCCUGCACAAUUUACCUCUGGCGUUGUCCGUGCAGGUUGCGUCGUUGCCGUCCACGCCAUUGGGAACUGCUUCGCUACAAAAGAAGUGCGAAUAUUUAAAGGCUUGCACGCGUUUGAAAAAGUCUCUUGUACUUCCCGAUGAAUUCUUUUCCCAUGAUGAAGUAUUGUGUUAUUGCUGUUCUUGUUACAAAGUCGAAGGUGACAGUGCAAUCUGUAGAAAGGGCGAGCCACCUGCGGAAUUUGCCAUUCCUAUUGGAUGGGCAAGGUUUCCUUUGAAACAGUCUAUCAAUGCUAAUCAAAUACCGCAGAGUACUACAGACAAAUGGCACGUUGCCUUCUACGGCUCGAGGCUAGAUGCGGUUAGAUGGAUACUUGACCGAGGAGAGUUAUUAACUAAGGAACAACUGGAUACCAGUAACUUAACCACGAGCAUAAAUAGUGAGGAUCAGAAUCCUCAAGUGGUUUUUUCACCAAAUAUCAAAUAUGCAGCAUCGGAAGAAUUUACCAGCAAAUAUCCGUAUAUCGAUACGGAAUCGAAUAGGAAAGUAAAUGCAUCCACUGCAUUUCAAUUGUUAGUAAGGCCUGGUUCGUAUACAAUGGGUCCUGCGAAGGAUAGUGUCGAUCCAAAUUUAGAAUUUACGGAAUGGGCUACGAAGGAAGCUGGAGCUACUGUCAUUGUAGCUCUUCUCAUUCGCUUAGACGGCUAUUAAACUUGAAACUAAACGCAUAAAUUGCAUUUGAUGCAUUGGAGGUAUUCAAAUGAUUUGUACUUUUUUUCUAUUGCUGCAACAUAUUGAUAUAUUUCAUAUGCUUGCAUUAUGAACCCGCUAACAGAAGAGCUAAUUCCAAAUGAAUCACUCGUGCAAAGUAUGCAAGAGGAAGACUCCAAUGGAUUUUGUACAGCAACACUUAAGUUAUUCUAAUGUGUAUACCUAAAUUUUAACGACAACUUCCGUGAGGCGGGCAGUUUUCAACCGUGCAAUAGUCGACGAUUAUUUGUAUUUUAUAUUAAAAUGAACCGCAUUAUUUGACUUUAGAUAGUGCACUGAGUUAUAUUUGUUUUGUAUAUGAUGGUCGAACAACGAUUCGUUGUUAAAUUUAUUGAUUUUAUGAUCGUCGUAGAUCCUCAAAGCCUGACUCCAAAACUGUUUAGUAUAGUCGUAUUUAUUAAUUAUGCUUGUCGAAUUAAUCUAGCAAUAAUUAGGGAGGAUUAGUGUGCGACAUUAACACCAAUCUUUAAGAGAAUAUCUCACAGAAGUGACGAAUAACAUUUUUUAUUUACAAAAAUGUAAUAAUUUCGAAUGUAGUCGAUCAAUUGUUCUGGUAUUAAAAAUUGGUAAAAAUUCAUGGAUAUUGACAGAUAAGUCCGAAGUUAAGAAAGAAAGGUUUUACGUUUAAAAAUUCAUGAUUUUUUAAGGGUAAACUAAUCCAAUUGAUUUAAUAAAGUUUAAUGAUCGCGCAUAAAAAAGAACAUUUUAUGCAUUUUUUGCUUUCAUUCCAAUUUUUGUGAGAUAUUCUCUCAAGUUCAUUUUUACACACGAUUCAAUACAUUGAAAAGAAAUUCCGUUCGCUUUUAUCUGUUUUUUUAUCGGAAUAUACUUUGCCUCACCCUACUGUACAUACAAACAUCGCUCUAAGGAAGUUAUACAUAUGCCCAGUAUAAUAUAAAGCGCAUUUUUCUGUGAUACUUUUACUACGGUGUAUAUGCUCCGUAUUAUGGUAAAAAUACAAGACGACCAUUCGAUAUUGAUUAAUUAUGGUCUUUGUGUUUUGUUUGGAUCUAUUGUUGAGAGAUAUUAUUCCAAUUAUUGUGUUACAUGAUUAUUAUCAUGCCUUGGAUAAGCAUUCUAUUAUUCCUAGUUUAACUGCGUCUUUAAACAUCUAAGGAACGUCAAAUAGUAUUCUCUUCGAUGUACUUUCAAAGUCAAGGAGUUCUGCUUAAGUCGAGGGAAUGAUUUAAGAAUUAUUCGAGUCAGCGCAGUGGAUAUUUUGAAAAAUUCUUACGAGCUAAUGACAUAGCAGUACCAUGAACGUUACCUUUACUCACAUCACAUGAAAACUGCAGAGAAUGAAUAAUUUAAUUCACGUUUACACAAUUGGUAGAUAAUUGUAGUUACUCCAUAAAUAAGUACAGAUUAAGCAAUUUAAUUUGUUUUAUUAGAGGAUUUUAGUUGGCACUUCAGUCAACCUAUUGAAAUAUGCAAAGGUGAAGCGUAUUGCACAUCAGAUAGUGGGAUAAUCUGGAGUUUUAUCUUUAUGGACUUAGAUCGUUUUUUCGUGUACUCUUCGUAUUAUUCCACAUCUUUUGAACCCCGUAAGGCACGCAUUUUUUCCAAAUCUUCCAAUAAAUACAGCACGAUACGUUGUUACCGUAAUCGUAUACAUGUAUUCUAGUCAUUGAUAUUAUGUAAAGGAAUAUUUCCUCAAAUUUUCGAUUGCGAUACUUUUGGCAAUGGCUAGUCGCCACUUUUAGGUUUGCCGAUAUUUCGAGAUUUAGUAACAGCGAAGUAUGAUACAAAUCCGUUUCGCCUAAAAAGGGUUUACAGAAAUGGAUUGACGUAAGAUAUGUAAUUAAUAUAUAGUUUAAACUCUGCAAUGGCGAUAAAUGAUGGAAUGACACUAUCAAGCGAGGAUACAGGAAGUCGAAAUAUUCAAUAAUUUUAAUAAAUUCAUUCUCUUUUGGGAAUUAUGUUCAUUUAAUAUUGAUCCUUUGGAGCAGGGGUUUAUCUUGAAAUUUGGUUUAUACGGCGAUUGGUAAAUUUAUCUACUUAAAAAGUGAAAAGUGAAAGAAAAUUGUCACUCAAUGAACGGUCGAAUUUGAAUCCACUUACGAUGUAUUUUCGAGAUCGGAGGAAGAGAGAAAUAUUUUUCAAGAAAAACUGUAACUACGUCGCUAGUAGAAAUAAUGAUUGCGUCUAAAUUCACCAACGUUAGAAAAACGAGAAAUAGAGGAUUGAAGUAUUAUUUUUAGAAUAAGGAAUAAUCUAUCCAAAGUAAUGAGUAAAUGUUAAUUAAGAAUCUUCUUUAAUGUCCUAUAGUAAACUUGACAAUGUUUCUAAGUUGAUUGUUUCAAAUGCAUUGAUCUAAUUUUUUUUUUUUCACGGUAAAUUCCUUGUUAUCUUUUGAAAAUAUAGUACUUCUUGUAUAAUGCCUAAUAGCAGAAAUGUAUUGCGCAGUAGAUCCCUACUAUAUUGUUCACAAAAUUGAGGAAUAAUAGAUAGUAUUCCAUGAUAAAUUAUGUAGCGUUAUUCUGUGCUAGGAUAACCCGAUAUAGAAACAGUUUUCAAUUCAUAUAACUAGGUGAAGAUCGAAACCAAUGAAUGAUAUCUUCAAACAGUGCAUUAUUAUUAAGAUUCUCCAUCAUGGUUAUUAUUACCGUCAUUAUUAUAAGUAUCACGAUUAUUAUUUAUAAAUAAUAUACAUGUAAACAGAGAAAGGCGACGUGACUAAAUUUCUAUCGUAUCACCAUUACUGCAAUGUCUCUGUUGAAAUUGUUUUACAGUGAAAUACGUUCAGAAAUGUGGUCAUGUGAUAGAAAAUUGUAAUAAACAACAAUAUAUGAAUCGAUACCACAGUCA